UUCAGGUUUUCUCUGUGAUUUGGCAGCAUGAAGAAUCUCACCGAAGUCACUGAAUUUGUGCUGAAGGGAUUCACUGACAACCCUGAGCUGCUGCUCGUCCUCUUUUUCCUAUUUCUAGCAGUUUACCUUUUCACUCUCCUAGGAAAUUUAGGACUGAUUGUUCUAGUCAUUGUGGAUUCACGGUUGCACAACCCGAUGUACUAUUUUCUGAGUGUCUUGUCCUCUGUGGAUGCCUGCUAUUCUUCGGUGAUUACCCCAAAUAUGUUGGUAGAUUUCAUGUCAAAGGACAAAGUCAUUCCACUCCUUGGAUGUGCAGUGCAGAUGUUUCUAGCUGUACUGUUUGGAACCACAGAAUGCUUUCUCUUGGCAGCAAUGGCUUAUGACCGCUAUGUGGCCAUCUGCAACCCGCUCCUGUAUUCUGUCAGCAUGGCACGCAGGGUCUUUGUGCCACUUAUCCUUGCUUCCUGCUUUGGAGGGAUUCUACAUGCCACUGUGCACACAAUGGCCACAUUCAGUCUGUCCUUCUGUGCAUCUAAUGUAAUCCAACACAUCUUCUGUGACAUCCCUGCCCUGCUCGCGAUUUCUUGCUCUGACAUUCACACAAAUCAACUUCUACUCUUUUACUUUGCUGGUUCUAUUGAGAUGUUUACUGUACUAAUUGUCCUAAUCUCUUACGGCUUUGUCCUGUCAGCUGUUCUCAGGACACACUCUGCAGAAGGGAGGAGAAAGGUCUUCUCUACAUGUGGCUCUCACCUCACUGCAGUGUCCAUUUUCCAUGGAACUGUUCUUUUCAUGUAUGUGAGACCAAGUUCCAGCUACAACCUGGAGCAUGACAUGGCAGUGUCCAUAUUCUACAGCAUCAUCAUUCCCAUGCUGAAUCCCAUCAUCUACAGCCUGAGGAACAAAGAUGUCAAAGAAGCAAUGAGAAAAGGAUUUGGGAAAAACCAGUUUAGGAAUAAAGCACUUUUUUCACCCUAA